CGCGCCGUGCCGCGCCGCGCUGCGCUGAGCCGAGCCGAGCCGAGCCGCGGCCACCAUCCGUGUCUGACAGGACAGUCGGGUACAGGAGAGUGCCUCCAGCGAGUGCGCGAUGGCGGAGGCGGUGGAUUAUGUUUACUACGAUGGAAGCCGCCUGUUUUCAUGGGUUUCCGACAUGUCGGGAAUACCCGUGGAUCAGGUGAAUUUUGUAAUAAGUCAGUUCCUGGCUUUGGGUUUAGCGCCAUUGUUUAGAAGUGUUUUCCAUCCAUCUAAAACUAGUGCUGCAACUCGUCAUGCAUUCGGACUUGUGCUUGGUCUUGCUUUUGGAUACUUCUGCUUUGGAAUGCAAGCAGUUCAUCUUGCUGGACUUCCAGCUUUAUGCUACAUUGUCAUGCGAACCCAAAGCCCCCAUGUCAUGCAAAGAACUGUCCUUGCAGUAGCUCUAAUAUAUUUGUCUUGCAUCCACCUCCACCGUCAAAUGUAUGAUUAUGGGUCUUAUACCUUAGAUAUUACUGGACCUCUCAUGGUGAUUACUCAAAAGGUUACAAGUUUAGCGUUCAGUCUCCAUGAUGGACUAACUCGACAAGAAGAGGAAUUGACAGCUAACCAGAAAUAUCAUAUGAUCAAAAAAAUGCCCACAGCUCUGGAGUAUUUCAGUUACAUGUUCCAUUUCCAGGCCCUCAUGUGUGGUCCUGUUCUCUUCUACAGAGAUUACAUAGACUUUAUUGAUGGGCACAACUUCUUAAAGCACGCUCCUCCAUCCACUAGUGUGGACUCCAAUUCUAAUUCCAAAAAUUUUGUUUUGGAACCAUCACCUUCUCUUGUUGUUUUCAAGAAAUUUGUUUCUUCUAUGCUGUGUGCUCUUCUCUUCAUGGUUUUGUUACCAAAGUUCCCAAUUACUCGUGUGAAAGAGCAAGAUUUUGUGACUGAAGAGUCCUUGGUAAGCAAGAUGUCUUAUCUCAUUGUGGCCACGUCUCUAGUCAGAUUCAAGUAUUAUCAUGCCUGGCUCUUGGCUGAUGCCAUUUGCAAUGCCUCGGGCCUGGGCUUUAAUGGCUAUCGCAAAGAUGGUAGCGCACGCUGGGACCUGAUUUCCAACGUGGAUGUGCUUGGUUUUGAGCUGGGCCUGAGUUUACGGGACAGCAUUGAACAAUGGAAUAAGGGCACAACACGUUGGUUGCGCAUGUGUGUGUAUGAGAGAGCGCCUCGCUUUAAGACUGUCCUGACGUAUGCCCUGUCUGCAUUGUGGCAUGGCUUCUAUCCCGGAUACUACCUCACCUUUGCCAGUGGGGCCAUGUUCACAUUUGCAUCCAGAGCGGUUCGUCGAAGUAUUCGCCCAUAUUUCAUGGGCUCUAAAUCCCAUAAGGCUGUGUAUGACAUUUUGACCAUGUUGACUACUCGUGUCGUCAUGGGUUACAUUACUUUCAGCUUUGUUAUACUUGAGUUUUGGCCAAGUGUCAAUCUCUAUUUGAACAUGUACCUGUGGCUGCAUGUCUUGGCUGUGUUAGCAAUGACAGUUCUGCCGGUUUUGAUCCCACCUCGCCGCCUGCCACCGGCAAAUGCUGUAGCCAAUGGCAUGCCAGCCAAGAAACUUGACUGAUCAUGCAUGAUGAUUGCCUCGGACACCCACACUUCAUAGAUAUUCUGUAGUUGUAUGGAGCUAGCUAGGGACACAGUAAUGGAGGUGUGUGGUUUUGGCUGACAUAUUACCAUUUACAAUACGUGCAGUAUAAUGAACCACUCCCACCAAAACAAACUCCUGUGUAUUCCUGAAACUACUUAUGCUUAAUUUUUCUCUUUCAGUAUGCAGUAUGGUAGGAAAUAACCUGUACAGAUGUAGUAAGAAUUCUUGUAAUUUGGUGAUUGUAUGAUUGCCAUGAGAGCCAUACCAUUAUCUGUUUUGCUGGUGUCUGCAAUAGUACCCAUUAUCUUCUGUUGUUUAUAGUAACUGGAUGUGCCACUGUUAGAAGAUUGGUUGGUAUUUCUCAUUACAUCUAAGAUAAUCAUUGGAUCCUUCUAAUUUUGUGUAUGUCUGCCAUAACUUGAGUUAUUAUUUGAAACUUUAUAAGUAAUAGUUUCUAAUAGUUUUGAAUCUAAACUUCUAAUUACUAAUUUCUCAUAUGUAGACAUCAGAUUACAAAAAAAGAUAAUAGUAUGAUACUCAAUGGUUGUUUUAACUUGAAGUGUUAUGGUUUGUGAUAUCAUGAAUAAGACAUCUUGUCCUGUUAUAUUGUUGGAUCUUGUCCUCACCUGUCAUGCACAAUUCUGUUUCUAUUUUGCACUUUGAGACUGGGUGGAGUGCAAAGACUGAAAGCUACAUGAGAAGAGUCUGUGUCGAGGUAACAUUAUUGCUGUCAAUUUUUUUACUACCAUUCCGUCUAUAAAUUUUAUAAUUACUUAUUUUUUAUAUGUUACAUUUAGUAUUGCACAAAAUCCAUGGCUAUUUAUUUAAAGAACAUCACAUAACAGUUUAGUAAUACAUGCCCUUUAAGGUAUUAAACCUCCUAAGUACACUUAAAAAUUUUACUUUAUGGGCGAUGGAGAGGGACCAACAAAUGUAAAGGGAGAAAAUGUACAGCAGGGGUGAAACAUUUUUCUUUAUAUUCAAGAUUUAGCCAUAAAAAUUAGGCUUUCUGACUGAUAUAAAAUUUACAAGAAAUCAUUGUUUCAAAUUAAUGUUGAAUUUAAUGCCAAAAUUAAUACGAUAAGUUUAGUUGCCAACUUUGUUCUAAAAGUUCAAAUUAUGCACUGAACAAAUUGUCUUAUAUAACAUUAUUCAAUCCCUGCUGUACAAAUACUUUCUCGUUGAUAAUUGGCAGCUAUAAAUAAUGAUAAAGUUGGUCUGAAGUGCAUUGAAUCUUGACUUCAUAAACAAUGUAUGAAGAAUAUCACUUUAUGUAAUUGUGCACAAAUGCAUUUCCAUUUUAGAUAAUGAUAUGAAAACGUCUAUAAAUCUAAUAAUUUCACAUGACUUAGAAUAUAGUUUAAAAGGAAGUAGAUAAAUUGCAUUUUCAACCUUCUUCACUCUUUCUUAAAGUUCUGUACUAAUGUUCUCUGGAGUAGAAUCUAUUCAGAGAAAUCAGGGGAUUCCUGGCAGAAAUAGGCAAUGUAAUUUCCCUUGACAAUUUGAAGGUGCUAAAUGGGAUUCACAUUCUUGUAGUUUCUUCCCUAAUUUCUCUACAUGAUUCUUCCAUAUUUUUGCAUUAACCAUGUUUCAAGUACUGCAUUAUGUUGUGCACUAUUUUUGUAGAACAAAACUGGUAUUUACACUGAAUUUUAGAAUAUUGUUGACAACUGUGAUUUUAAUUUUUUUUUAUUUUUUAAAUGAAGAGUAUGUAUGCCUAUCUCCAUAUUAUUGCAGUGGAAGUAUGUUAAGUUUUUGGGAAUUUUAUGUAGGUAGCUAUAUCUGUGAAGAGCUGAUAUGCUUGUUAUGGCUGCCAAGUGUACUAGGGGCAUUACUGUCUUCAGUGGCAAAAAUAAAGAAUGUUGUGGUAUUUACAAUUUUAUGAAAUGAGGAUGUUGUUGCAAUUUUAAAAAUAUUAAAACUAAUAAUUACUAAUAGAUAUUGAAGGUCUUAUAUUGUUUGAUUAUGCAUGGUUACAAAGCCUUCAUCAUGCCAUAUCAAGAAAUGAUGUACUUUAUUUAUUGAAUUUACAUAUUUAUUUAUUUUUCUAAAUUUGAGCACUAUUGAUUACACAUAAGCACAGACUAAUGCCUAUACAUUUCUUCCAUGUUGUCAUGUAGGAAAAAUUAUCAGGAAGCUUAAAGAGCUUGUUGAAAAUAUCUAUUUCUUUUAAUAUAGUGUGAUUUUAAUUGAGACCAAACUGUUGUAAGAUUUUUAAGAGUAUAGUUUUCAUAAAACGAAAUGGAACUCUGGUAUGUACUUAUGUACUUAACAUUGUUCUUUUGACUGUGAAGUUGGUGCCGUAAUGAAAACAAACUGUUACUUGUUUAGGAAUAAUCAAUUCAUUUUGUCAGUUAUUCUUUUCCUGUGAAUCAAUUUUUUGUGAUAAAGUUUUAUAAUCGAUAAAUCUUAUGUAGUACAUUUAUAAUUUGUGAAAUUAUUUUUAAUGUACCUUCCAUAAGUAAAAACAAUAGACUUUCCUAUACCUUUGGCAUUUAAUGAUUGAUAUUGCUUUAUAACAUGCUGAGUUUUGUUUUGUAUUGUACACUGUAUUUUGUUGAUAUUAAUGAUCUUACAAAUAUAGUAGUUCUCAUUCAAGUUAUUUUGGUGUAUUUUUUCAUUCAAUCUAUUUAUAUUUUCAUUGUCAAUCAAUAGCUGAUAAAGUGAUUGGAAUGGAGUCAUUAUUUGUUUUGAUUCAUUCCCUUUCAUUCAAGUCUCAUUUUAGACAUGAAACAAGGUUAGUGGCAUUAAUUAACAGUAAGAAGAUUAAAACCAUGACAUGGUUAUAUAAAUUGACAAAGUUAUUGAAAAUGCCUCCUUGCAAAUAUACAACAUAAUAGAAUAUUCCAUCCAAUCUGCCCAUUUUCCAUUUUAAAAUGACUAGUAUCACUCUUAAAUUUUGAGUGAAACUUUGUUUACACGUUUCACACUUAUAAGUUUUUCAUGUUUGUAUGUUUUUGUUUGACAUCCCAGAUAAAUUCCUAUAAUUCCCAUGCUAAAUUAUUUGAGAUAUGCGUUUUACAUUUAUAUGUUUUUCACACUUAUAUGUUCAUAAUAAAAGUCCCUUUAAGACCGUAUUAUGUUUAAAUGCGACGGGUGAGGCGGGCUGCAAUCUGUGAUAAGUGUCCGGAAUGUUACUCAAGUUGCCUGCAGAGCGACUUCCCGGCCUCUGAUGAGACUUUCCGUUAAUGGAACUUGUCACAUAGGAGCUCAACUCUGCGUUGCUGAGGGGCUGAGACCAUGCGAGACCUUGGGCCACUUCUCGCAGCUGAUCCUUGAGCAAAUGCUGAGAUGGCCCCUUGUUUUCCUUCUGGACAUAAAUGUAACUUCGAUUUAACCUGUCUCCAUAGCAUGUCACACACAGUUUUUAACUCUUUUGAUGUAGAUAAAUAAAAAAAACCUUAUACUGUUUUUCAAAUAUUGAUAGAAUUAAUUUUCAGUGUCCAUUUCAGAACUUUCAGCAGUGUAGUUAUGGACAUGAUGCAUCAAAUUAUUUACAAUUUUGCUUAUAACUUAGUCUAGAAUGAAAAGAAAUCAACCUUAAUUUGCUGAAAAUCAUUCUUCAAUUAGAU